CAGGCAUAACGACAGACUAUCUUCCGUGAUUCGGCAUCGAUCACAUCCUACACGACGGCUAUAUCCCGGAUGUACCGUGGAACCUAAUAUUUUAAGGGGUUUUACGAAUUCUCACCAUCGAACGUUGGAAAACGCCGACACCGGUCCCAACGUCGUUCGACGUAGCAAAUCUACACCGAUGCAAUGAGAAUCUAGGCGGGAUAUUGUUACGGGGAUAAUGCGAUUCGGCGGAAAGCUACAGGAAUGGUUAUACAUAAAUAUUAAUGGGCAGAAAGCGAGCCGCGUGACGUUCCGUAAUGCCGCAUUCAGAUUGAUAUCGACCGCUUUCGAUUCUCGUUAGUCAUCGUGGUUUGUUCCGUGUAGUGUGCUUUCCAGACACCACCGUAACACGUAAAUGUACGUUUCAAUGAGUCACUGAUACGUGGAACUGUUUACCUGCAAACGGACACGUGCCGGAGCUGACCAACAACGGUGUUUCAUACGAUUCGCGUCUGUUAAAAGUAUCGCGUGAUCUCGUCGCAGGAUCCAGUCGAAUCGAGCGCAAAACCGGGCUAGCGACAGUUGCAAAAUGCAAGCACGAAACGUAUACUGAUUUUCGAAAUCGAAGAGGUCGAUCAAAAUUAGCUUGAAGGCUGGUAAACGCGCGUCCGAGGACACGCACGAGACCAAGGCGUCCGAAAUCUUAAUUCUCAACGACUCGAGACAAGACGUUCCACCGGAAAUAUCAUAUUCCUGACCCGCAUACGAUCUACUUAUCUCUCGUAGAAAAUCAACGAUUCCCGUCGAUUACGCGUCCCUAUAAAGCCAAUGGUUAGAGACGAUUAAAGGUGGCUGUAGUUGAUUAAAAUAUAUAGAAGAUCGCAUUGUUGCAUUCAGCUAGUCGACGGUGGAAACGUGUUGUGACACUCGGCUGAUAGGAAAUAGGAUUUAUCUAAACGGCUAUUUAAGCCGUGGCAUGCGUAUCCUGUAUGCGUGUGACGAACGUAAACGGCUUUAGUAAUAAUUUCGUUCGACUCGAUCGAGACGAUAGACGCGUAAGAGAGCAGUGGCUCGUUCAAGGACCACCUACGGGCUCUCAUAAAUUUUCGCGCCAAUUCUCGACAAUUACGUCUCUUCUAUAACUCUGUUAUUUGUGGUCCGCGAGUGCCGAGCCUGACGCAUUUUAUCCACACGAGGGAUACGUUAGAUAUCGAUCUGGCUUUUCUCAACCGCACUCGUUCUCGCCGAAAUCGAGAUACGCGAUCGAAGGGAAAGGGAGCCGGUUAAUGUGCUCUGCACACACAGCCAUUUACUCGUAUUCGACGCUGGAUGACGAAGGGUCUGGUUUAAUGGUAGUUACGACGCGUAGUAGCGACGAACGCGUUCGUCCAACACAUACGUAGCUGGAAAAUUUUGCUCGGAAUACGAAUCGAAUCGGACACGCGACUCGAAACCUCGUCACCGGACUCGUGAGAUAAGAAGCACGUGACUCGACCUUUUUACACAUUGCUGUAUCGAAGAGAUCGCUUUUGGAACGCCGCACCGUGCCGUUGCUAAUUGAAUCGCGCCCACCCAGUGAAUCGAAUCGAAUCGAAUUACGAACGAGCCGCCUCCUAUGUCUAUUAGCAGCGUAUAAAAGGCAGCUGUUCGUGCGGCGCGACGACACUCGAAAUGAGUGAUAAAAAAAAGGGAAAUAGCAACAAAGUGGUGGAAUUGUUUAGUUUAGAGAGGCAAAAGCGGAGCUCGGGUAAAGAAUAAAUACAGACUGGCCAGCAAAAGUUUCGAGUGGCCGGCAGAGCACUCGAGCAUACAGCGACCGCGUUCAAUUGUACCUAACCGAGUGGAUAAAGUUUGACGAGAUUCUCGCUGGCAAAUAAACGCGACCAUGCUACGAGGAUUCGACGUUCGAGCGACCAAUCGAAUCGACGUACGAUCUCCAACAGAUUUUACACCCAGCUUGAGGAAACGAGCCUAUUCCUCUGCCGUUUUGUCCGCUUUCUUGCUCACGACAACGAUCUCAAAGCCCGGUCCGUGUUUUUGCGAGCAAUCCGCGGUCCUCAAUUCCCAAUUCGUACAUUCACGUGGGUGCGUGUGGUCGACCUCGGUGAAAAAGAGAGGGUGUAGGUAUCCGACGCGAGGGAAACGCGAGGAUUCCGAAAAUAGAUUCGCUGCGAACCGUGCGGCGACAUUAGAAACACCCUGCGUAUAAUGCCUCUCUCUACCCGGCUACAGUAACGGCUUGGCCUCUCUCAUCCACGGCCCUGGCGCUUUCAUUAUGAAAAGAAAGCCGAACGUAAAUACACGUGGACACAAAGGUGCCACCUACGCAUCGAUUUUGUAAAUUACAAACAUCGUUCGUUCGACCUUCGCGUUUAAUUCGUGCGUUAAACGCGUGUUUCUUGAACUCCGCGGCUAGAGAAGACACGGUUCUCCAUCGGUGUUUGUUUUCUCAUCCGACUCAUACCGAGGCGCAAGUAUGUGUUUUCACAGAAUCAAUAAACGAAACGGAAAGAAGGUAGCAAGAAAAAUUAAUAGAAACGACGAAUGGAUCGGGUGGACGAGCCGGAUCGUUCGAGCAAUCCAUCAAACCGAACGCGCAUCCAUUCGUGCGACGAGUUUAUCCCUUCAGCGGGCAUUCCUGACCCUUCGGUUCGGCCGACGACUCCACCCUCGAUGAACACGCUGCAGCAUAUCCAGCCCCCCUACGCUCGCGUAAUCGUCUGCACGAUGAUACGCCAGAAAUUCACCCCGCGUUUAUUCCACCGAGGCAAACUUGGUCUCGUCCCUUUCCAGUCCAUGUCAACAAGUCAGAGAGAGAGAGAGAAAGAAAGAGAGAGAGAGAGAGAGAAAGAGAAAGAGAGACACGCGGCGAAGCGGAACGCAUGCGUUUCCAACCUUUCUACCCUACGCAUGUAAGAAAAUGUAUACGUACUUUGCCUCGCGGUUCUGUGUACCGCGUGUAUUUGCGCGAAGACAGAUAUUUAUCGUGAAAUAGCUAACCUUGAAAUAAAUCUUUAGCAAUCGGUUACUACUCGCACUGGCCGAUGAAAACGAAGCAAAUAACGCAAACGCAUGAUUCCGUACAACGAGGUUCCGUAACUAUCGUGGAAAUCUUGUUGGACGAUUCUCGAAUGUAACGAACCCGCGAUUAUUAACGAUGCAAAAAGCGUGAAAACGGUAGGGUUACGGCUACGGAGAAAACGGGGUUUUCAGCUGGCGCAAACGAACGGCACCGAGAGGAUUUUGCGCGCGUCAUUAGCACAAAUGCGUCGCGGUGCAUCUUGGUGCAACGUGGUUCACGCGCGUUAAGAUGCGUGUGCAUUAGAAAAGCGGAGUGGGCCGUGGCUAAACGAGCGCGUGUGCGUGCUGAACUGCGUGUCCUCGGGGCCGGGUUAAAUGGACGUGUGCCGCACGAGGAGGGUGCACGAGUGGGGGUAACUACACGCGUGUCGUCGGUUUUGGUUUUAGUUCCGUGGCAGUCGCUGCCGACGACGACGAUCUCAAACGGUUGGCGAGCCCCGCUGCUGGUUUCUUCUUUCGUUUCCACCGGCGAACACGCGCGCUACGCGUAUAUUCUUUUUCUUCUCGUUCCGUUUGCCGAUCUUUUGUAUCGUUCGUUUUGUCUCGACGGUAUUCGCGUUCCGCCAGAUUCGCAUACCUCUCGUCGACGCGCGUUAUCUCCACGUAGCUUGGCUCCACGCUAUAGACAACAACAUACAAGUGCAUGCGACAAUUCAUUGACAUUCUCCGCGAGAUACGGUUAACGUAUCGAACGUACGACUAUUACUCCGCUAUUCGACUUUAUCUGCAGCGCGUUGUUAUUAUUCCACGACAGCGGAGAGCAAUAAUAAUCGAAGCGAGUUCAGCCGCCUCAGACGCCAGCUGUAUCGAGGCACGCUUCACACAGGAGCACGAAAUGCAACGAGAAGAAUAAAAUACGAAUCGAGCCACCUGAUCGUGGGUCUAAUUUAAAACCGCGCAACGCGGGAAAAAGUGGUAGCCGCCCAAGAAUAACGAGCGUGAAACUCGAAGGAAGGAAGAGAGGCAUCAGGAAGAAAAAGGAGAGUUGCGGGCUGUUUCGCAGUCGACAUCAAAGUUGAAAUCUUGCGGGGGCGUUGCGGAAGGACGCAGGAAGAGCUUGCCGCGGAGAAUCGAGAGGCUAAAACGCGCGACGAACGACACUCGCAUCGAGCUGACGACAAAAAAUUUGACAAAGCGAAAGGAAUUUAAAGGAUAGGAGCGUAGGAGAAAGGGACGAUUCGUCCGAAAAGGGACAAAGAGGGAGCCGAGUGUCGGUCAAAUGCGAAAAAACGUCGGCUCGUUUUGUUAAUCAAAAGAUUUCGGUUCGGCACGACGACGUGUUCCGACUAAUAACGAGCACGUGUGACCACAACGCCUUGCGUCGAUCGGAAAGAGGACCAACCAAGGAGAGAGAAGGGGCGUAGCACGAAAGGAAGUUCGUAGAAAAGGAUCUUCGCGCGACGACUUCGACCGUUGCAGCUUCUUCCGCCGCGUCUUUCUUUCAAACAAUCAAUUCGAGAUUGUCCCUUCGAGAGAUUCGAAACAUUCCGAUAAGACGCGACGACGAUUCCACGAACGAUCGGAAUUUUUGUGACACAGUUGCUUAUUAAACGAAUUGCUUCUUUGAUAUGACGACAAAUCGAUCGUCGAUAGAUCGAUCAUCGCGGCGACCGAAUGCUGUCGAGAAUGUAUUCCGUGCCGUCGGUUCGGUUCCGAUCGAUCGAGAGAACAGUGACGUUGUGUAAUCGCGGCUCGAAUUAUCGCGUGAGAGAUCGUCGUUGAUUCAGCUACCGACGAUACACGGAAACAAUUGGAUCGCGCGCAAUCGGAUGUCUCGAGAGGUGUUGACCGGACGUGGCUGGUGGGUCGCGCGUCAACUCGAACACCUGAUUCUCGGUUACCGGUUCGAGAUGCGGCGCACGUCCGGACACGUGUUUCUGACAAGUUUGCUGAUACUGCUUCGAGCACGUCGGGCAGACGCAGCUACCGAGAAUUCGCCCGAAUUCUCGAACAAAGGGUCUACUACGACUCACGCUCUUACAGCGCCGCUCAGAUUGGUGUGGGGCAGCGAGGGCAAAGACGUCGAAUUACCAUGCGACAUCACUCCACCGACACCGACCGACUCCGUGAACAUGGUGCUUUGGUUCAAAGACACCGCUGGGAUACCUCUUUACAGCCUGGACGCAAGAGGCAAAGAUCUCGCCUCCGCCGUUCAUUGGGCGGUCAGCGAUGAUCUCGGCAAGAGGACCUACUUUCAGAUCGGUGAUGGCCAUCGAGCUAAGCUCAAAGUUACCAAGGUCACAUUCAAAGACCAAGGAAUCUUCAGAUGUAGGGUAGAUUUUAUCAAUUCCCCGACGAGGAACUUUCGGGUGAAUCUCACGCUCGUCGAAGAACCAUCCAGACCUGUGAUAUACGAUGCUCAGGGGCGAGAGGUGACAAGAGUGGCUGGACCCUUCUUGGAAGGUUACAAUCUCGACUUGACCUGUCAGGUGUCUGGGGGAAGACCGAAGCCUACGGUAGUAUGGUGGAAGGACGGUAAGAUAUUGGACUCCGUCGUUGACACAAUUUCUAUCGGUUCCCCGAGCAAAUUCACGGUGAACCGUCUUUUCAUCAACGAGGUGACGAGAUCGUUGUGGGGCACGAAGCUCGAAUGCAGAGCUCAGUCGGAGCAGAUGACCUCUCCGAUCGUUCGCGAAGUGCCUCUAGAUGUUUACCUGAAGCCUGCGAUCGUAAAGAUCGUCCUGAUCGACAGUCAAAUCUACGCCGGGCGUCCGCUCGCGGCACGCUGUGAAACCUGGGGAAGUUCUCCCGCUGCCAGGAUCAUCUGGAGGCUAGGCGGACAGACGAUAGGCGAUCCCAACGUGUCGACUACGCAGAGAAGCAAUUCGACGAUCAGCAAGCUGGCUCUGGUCCUUGGCAAAGACGACAAUGGCAAGAGAUUAACCUGCAGAGCCGAAAAUCCCAGAUUUCCCGGCGGAGUGCUCGAAGAAACUGAGAUCUUGGACGUUGCCUACAUACCGGUUGUUUCCAUCGACCUAGCCACCGGUUACGUCCUGGAUACUCUCAGAGAAGGGGACGAUCUGAAGCUGGUGUGCGACGUGGAGAGUAACCCACCUCCGACCCGAAUCAUUUGGUACCACAAGGACGAUCGAUUGGAGCACGACGUGACCGGUGGAACGCUGAUAGCCUCCAACACGUUAACGCUGAGGGUACUCACUCUGGCUCAUGCAGGCGAGUAUUCGUGCGAAGCGGUGAAUUCCGUGGGAGAGGGUCGGAGCCCUCCGAUUUUCGUUCAGAUGAAAUACGCGCCGAGAUGCAGAGCAGGUUACGAGCGACGCGAGGUCACGGCUGGUCGCCACGAAACGGUGUCGCUACGCUGCGAAGUCGACGCUGUUCCGAAAGACGCGGUGCGAUUCUCUUGGACGUACAACGGAACGCGCGGUGACGUGUUGCCGAUGCCAAACUCCAGAGCUCGGAAUAACGGGCUCGUUAGCGUUCUCGAGUACACUCCUACCACCGACGCCGACUUUGGAACUCUGGCUUGCUGGGCGAGCAACAGCGUCGGCAGACAAAGGACCCCUUGUGUAUUCAACAUCGUGCCCGGAAAGCCACCGCAGCCACCGUUCGACUGUUCUCUGCACAAUGAAACCACCUCGCUGCAAGUGAAUUGCGUGCCCGGCGCCGAUGGUGGUUCCCCGCAAUACUUUUUGCUCGAAGUUCGAGGGAUACCGAGAAACUCCGGGGUCGUUCAGAUGAAUCCGCCGACGCUCCACGCGCCUCAAAGCGACCAGGGAAUGGUCGGAGACGUACCGGCGAUAUAUCAAGAGAGAAAUCCAAGGCCAAGCUUUCAGCUGCACGGUCUUGAACCCGGUUUCGAUUACACGUUAUACGUGUACGCUGUGAACGACAGAGGAAGGAGCGAGCCAGCGCUGUUGGAGCAUAUACGAGUGGCUGAAGUUAUCGGCGGGAAGAUCGAAAGAAACGGCUUGUUUCUGGAGGAUCUGAAAAAGGCACUUCCCAAGGCUAGCUCGGAAAAUAUGAUCAUCGUGAUCGCCUUGACAGGUACAGGUGCGGUGGCUUUGAUCCUGAUCGGUAUCGGGGUGAUCAUCGGGUUGGCUAUCUGCAGGAGAAGGACCGCGUCGCCGCUCAAAGACGGUCCGGACGAUUUUACCACCCCCACCUACGUCUCUGCUCAAAGGAUCGAGCCAAGGAUCAGAUACUCGGGCGACAGCAGACGUUCUCAAAGAACGAGCUUGUACAUCGAGGAAAAUCGAAACGAACCGGAUCUUCUACAGAGAGUCGAGAUCGAUCUACACGAUUAAUCUUCCAAAGGCUGCUUUUUAUUUUGUACAGUUAGAGGUAAAACGUCCAUCCUUGUUUACUAUACUUGUACGCUUUUCGCGACGCGCUGUGUAUAUAUCGGUCGGGCACAAGUGCCUCUUUCCUUAGGAUUUAGGAUAGUAAUUCGGUAAGGCAUAAGAGAAGAAGAGAACAACAUGAUGCAUCGUGAGUUUCCUCCGAUGAUUUAACACUGUUUCCAGAAUUCCUGUACCUGUUUUUUUUACAAUAGUAUUCGAGGAAGUAUCUUUUAAAACGUCGGCUAGAUGACGAACUUUAGAACGUUAUUUAUUGCAUUUCUUGCUGUAAUUUACGUGCCAUAUUUUUUUCUUUCUUUGUGCCUUUUUCUUUUUAUUUUCUUCCAUCCGGAUGAACAAAAAAUAAAAGUAUUAUAGGUAAUUGCGCGACGGUACUCAUCGACUCGUGUCUUUAUGAUAAUCGAUGCUUCAGCGGAAGCUUGUCGUUUCUCGUAGAUGAGCGGAAAAACUUCGCGUUUACGACGAAACGAUUUCGGCGUAUCUUAUCUUGAGAUUUCGAAGAAACCUCAAAGAUUAUAUCUCGAGAUUUCGAAGAGAUCGAAAACGUUUAUCUAAUUAUGUAAAUAGCGUACGAAAAUGCUGGAUUGUAUUAUUAGCGAUUAAACGGCCAAAUAAAUUUUUACGUAAUAUCA